GUCGGUAAUACGACUGACUCAGGGUAAACAACAGAGAGGUCCCACAUGAGAUGGAGAUUUCGUCAUUUCAACCCUGAUGUUUUAAGGCCCUAAAAGCUAUCUGUUUAAUAAUACAAUCUUUACCUCAUCUGUUUGAAUUGAAUAUCAAUGCCAAGCGCUGGAUUAGAUGCGUUUGACGAGCCUCAAGUUCGUGAAGUAAAACCGCAAAUGGUAGGCUGUUCCGUCCAAUUACUACAUCACCAAGUCCAAUGAUGUUCAAUGUCAAUAAAUGGAAUAAAGGAUAAAUUAUGAAAUGUCAUACUUGCGACAACUUUUGUUCAGUCUACAGGACUCCACUCUAGUAUUAGUAGGCUAACUAUUCACUAUACGUCUUAGACUCUUUGUUUAGUAGACGUUACUUUAAUGACUUUAACUUGAAUUUGAAAGUUUUUGGCAAGAACUUAGUCUGAAAAUCUGAAAAGUGCCUGCUGAUUGCUAACAUUGUUACACUAUUUAAUUUAAAAUAGUAUUUUAAAGGGUUAAAAAUUUUAUAAUAGGUGUAAGUUAGUAAAGAUUGGGUCAGGGGUAUGGGUUUUGCAAAGAGUUGUCUAAGUCUAAGCACAGUGAUUUCACAAUGGGGAGUCCCAACACUAAACUUCGAUGAAGAGACCAAGAGUUGGACCUGAACAGUGUGUAGUGAUAACUUUCCGUUCUCCUCUGAGCAUUUUUUGCAUAAUAAACUAAACCUGACAAUCAAUAAAGCUCAUUUGCUUAUCCAAGUCCCAAUGUAUAUGAAAUAUUAAAAGGACAUUUUCAAUAAAAAAAAAUUAAAAUUCUAAUUAAAAGGUUCAAAGGCAAAGGAAAUGAAAAAAGAGAAACUCAUCCUUGUUAAUAAUCCAAAGACGCGCAUAUGGAUAAAAGUAAAAGUGCUGUUUUGAUUGGCUGAAAAAAAAGUACCAGUUUCAGUAUGCUAUUCAUUUUUAUCAUUUCAACGUUUUAUUGUAAAUUUCAACAUAAUUUCGGGGGGAGGUCUCCCCUCCCUCCCACCACUUUCAAUAUAAAAAAGAAUGAAACAAUUUUCUGGGCAGGGGAGACCCCUCCCCAAAGGCACAAAUAAAAAAGGAUGUAAAAAAUAGUAUCAAAGCUAAAAAUCAAAAUCUUUUUGUAAAUGAAACUAUAGCCGGAAGUUGAUCCAGGAUGCCGCCAUGAUCUAUCUUUAUAACAUGGAAGACAUUGUCUGCCUUAUGGCUAGAUCAAUCCUUGGCUUAAAACUGAGUUAUAACUAUUGUCUGUAUUGACUGUACCCUACCUCAUUAUAAUUGUAGGUUAAAGCCUAAAUAAAAAAAUGACAGGCUACUUGGUUAACAUUGAUCAUUGCAUUUGGUUUAUUGAUAGCCUUAUCCCAGAUCUUAUGUUUAGGCCUAAACAUAUCAUUGGCCUAUAAGUAUAAGAUAUAAUAAUUAUUAUAUAUUUUUAUAUAAGAUAUCUCUUAUGAUGUUAUGUCAUUUGUGUAACAUUGUAAGGAUAGACAGACAUAUUUCUACACUCAUAGACAGACAGAUUUCAACACUCAUCUCUCAAUAUAUUCACCUCUUGCUAACCCUUAUACUUACUAACAUGGUAGGGGAGUGGGGGUCAGGAAGGAUAAAACCUGAAACCUUAACUAAAGUAAUAAUACUUAAAUUUUACGAAGUGACUGGUGGGGCAGUUAAGCCCAAGGAAUAAUAGUUAAUAAGGGUUUUAUUUUUUUCUUGCCGCAAGUCCUGGUGAUAUGCAUUAAAUUGGAUUCUUCCUGUUUCAGAAUAGACUGUUACUCAUAGUACAUGAUGAUCAUGUUCCAUUUUGCAAUUUUGUAUAUAUUUUGAAACAAAAGCAUAAAUUAUUUUGUUAUAAUAAAAUAUGCAUCAUUUGUAGGCAUACAUGUUUUCUAUGUUUUACAGGCCACAGGACUUAUUUUGGCUGGCCUUGGAUUAGCAGCCAUAGGAUUUGCAGGUAAAGUGUAAAGACAACGUUAUGUAGUGAGAUUUUGUUUAACAGUGACAUUUGAAGAAAUAGUCAAGUUGAAAGUGGGGGAGGGGUGUGAUGAACAAAUCAGACCUUCAUCAAUGCCAGACUGGUCUAGCCCAGCUAUGUUUUCAACUAAUUGAAUUUAACAAAAGUGCUAAAUGAUGAAAUCAACUGUAAAAGUCAAAGGCUAAGGAAGUUAACUCAUCAGGCUAAGUCAAGCAGUUCCUGUUGCUAGGAACCAAAUGACAUGGGCAAGGGGAACAGGGCUUGUUUCUAUCAUCUACGUGCCCUGGGUCAGAGAGCACCCAAUGCCGUAACAGUCACUCUAAUCCAAUCAAGAUUAGAUUACUGUAAUAGUUGUCUGUGGGGUUUACCUCAAAACCAAAUUCAGAGACUCCAGAUGGUACAAGAUAAUGUAGUACACAUUGUAACGCGGAGAAAGAAACUGACCAUAUCACCCCAACUCUUUAAAGAUCUACACUGGCUUACUGUGAGUGAGUGCAUUGACCACAAAUGCAUCCCUGGCGUUCAGCUGUAUGGAAAACUCUGCACCUGACUAAAAGAACUGAUUUUCAAACAUGUAUCCUUAAAGAACCUGCGCUCUUUAUCACAGUCCCUACUGAGAGUUCCCAGUACGGAUGGAUACAGAAAGAUGUUAUACAGAGUGCACUCUUUUGAAGCAAUAGCACCCAAAUUAUGGAACAGUUUGCCUCAAUCUUAGAGGGAAAUUAAAAAUCAUAAAAAAUCACUUAAGUGAUAUUUAAAGAUAUUUUUCUCCUAAAAUAGAUUUAUGACAUCAGAAUGCUUUGAGCAUGCUAGAAUAGCAUGGAGACAAAUGCUUACAAGUCAUCAAUCAUCAUCAACAAGUCUGAUCAGGAACACCUCAUUCUUCUCACCUUGUCCUCAUACAUCUGGAUGUCUCUCAGACCAAGUUUCUAGCCAAUCAGCAUGGCAUUUCCUUUAAAUUGAUAUAAUGCUGAUGUUUGGACACCGUUAGAUAAUUUUAAUGUUAAUUUCAACUUCUACGCUGUCAUUAAGUUUACUGGGCUUCAAAGCUGUGAUUAUAAUGGUUAUAUUGUGAAGAUAGAUUCAUCAUUCAAUCAGGUCCUCCUCUUAUAGCCUUAUUUUAUCAAUCCUAGGUCGCUAUGCCUACCGGGCUGGUCGCUUUGCUCAACAGACAUUUACACAGACAAUAGGAGAACUGCCUCAGGGAGUAAGUUUUUCUAUAAUGCGUUUUUAUAAAAUGAAAAUAAUAUUUUUUUUUUUAUAUAAGCUAAAAUUGUCUUUAUUAAAAUUGUCUUUAUUUCUGUAGAAUACUAUAUUUUAUAUUAAAACAAUUGUUUUAAUAAGCCUGGAUCAAACACUUGGGGUUAAAAAAUAUCUAUUUACUUUUUUUACCAGUAAAUAAACCUUAAUUUCAUAUGACAGUUUGAUAAAGACACACCUUAGCUUGCUUCACCAGCACCAAGUUACUCUGCAUUCCAAACAUUUUGCUUUCCACUGUCCCAUACGGACCUCUCACCAUCAAGAAGAUACAUUUUUCUUAGCCCAUGAAAUCUGUAUUAAUAAUAAUUAUAAUUAUCUUUCAUUUUGCUCAUUAUUAAUUUGACAUGUUUAUUUUUGAUAGUUAGUUAUAAAUGUGUCUUAUGAUAAAUGUGUGCAUAUUUUUAUAUAUCUAUAUAUAUGUUUAAAUAAUAGAUGUCUUUUUUAUCAUAUUUCAACAGUCAUUUAGUAAAUACUAUAGGGGCGGCUUUGAGCCUCAGAUGAGUAAAAGAGAGGCAGGUCUUAUUUUGGGAGUCAGGUUAGUGAUAGACAUUCUUUUUUUAGUCUUCACAGUAAAACUUCUUCAGUGCAUCUUAUCUUGGUCUCUUAAGCAAGUCUGGUGUAGCUAAGGAAAUCAUUUUAUAACUGUGACAUCACAUGUGGAAAUUAGAGCUUAUAAAAAAUUUAAUAUCUUUAAGCCGAAUUAGUCUUUUUUUGGGGGUUUCAUUUUGUGAUGGAUUGCUUUGAAUUUUCUAAUCUAAUGAACACUUUAUCCUUUAUAAUUGAUAAGCCUAGCCAUGAUUUUUAAGUAUCCCCCCCCCCCUUUUUUUUUCUUCUCCCUGCAUUGUGCAAAUCCAUGUUAAGUCAAGCUGUAUUCAUUGUUUCUCUGAACAAUUUCAUUUAUAAUACCACCUUUUGCCACCUUUCAUUAAAAUUCAAACAAAUUUCAAUGGGAAAAUGUAGAAAUUGGUACUGCUAAUUUUAGUUCCCUUAUUGGUCAGUCCUCAUAAUUAGCUGCUAAUUUUAGUCCUCUUAUUGGUCAGUUCUCAUAAAUCACAACAGCCCCACUUCCCUACUUGCCGAGCCCCAAACUGGAACUGAAUCUUGGAAUAUGUGAAGAAAAAAAUAUUGUUAAAUAGCAAGUGGACAAUGUCAAAUAAGGGGUCUUUUGCAAAUUAUGUCAUGCUCGGGGGGGAGGGGAGGUGGUCAAGAAUUUGUGUGGGGGGGGGGUGUUAAAAAAUUUGUGACGUCACACAUUUUUUUAUUUAUUUUUUUUUUUUUUAAUCUAAAGUUUUGUAACUUUGAACAAUUUUUAUUAAACUAAAUUUAAAAACAUUAAGUUGAGGUCGAAAUCGCCUCAGGUAUUAUGAGUAUCAUAAACUCAGUCGCGCACACCUUCUGCGCAUAUCGAAAAAUGAAGCAAAAACUGUUGUGGCCAUUUUACAUUCGGCUUGGGGAGGACUUCGUUGUUUUUGUGUGUUACGUCACAGUUUUCUAAUAAUACUACAUCUUAAUCCAUUAUGAGAAAAUGUUAAAGAAUAAAAUAAAGUCUUAGUUUAGUUAUGAAAAUUUUAUGUACGUUUUGAAUUUCUUUAGGUAUAACGUGACACGGGGUUGGGGGUGAGAGGGUAAAGAAUUUGUGAUACUUUGUGUCGGGGGGGGGGGGGGGGGGGGUGGUCUGUAAAGGUAAUUUUUGCGUGACAAAAUAGGCUAACUAAGUCUUUGUUUUUUCUUCUAAAACAUGCAAUGUUUUUUAAGGUUUAAAAAAUUUUUAAGGUAGAGUAGAAGAAGAGAGUAUUAUAAAAAUUCUAGAAUCUUUCAUAGAAUGUAAAAUUACUGCAGGUUGUGAUAUAUAUUUUGAAGAAUAUGAUUAAAUAUUUAAAUCUUUUGAAAUUUUUUGUAAAAAUUUUUUUUUUGUUAAUUCAUGCUUUUUUUCCAUUUAUGUCACAUUUUUCCUACAAGAUGUUCACAAUUGAUUUUCUUAGCCUGCUCUACUUAUUUCAGUCCAUCAGCCAGCAAACUGAAGAUCAAGGAAGCUCACAAGCGUAUUAUGUUACUCAAUCAUCCUGACAGAGGUAAGUGCCAGUUGCUAGGAGAGAUGAAAAUAUCCCUGCCUCGGGUCAGAAUGUUCUAUCUGGGUUCAUCUUUACACACUAUAAGCCCCUUCAGCUCCAAAAUUAAUUGUAAAUAAUUACAACCUUCUCUUCUUUUGAAGGGGAAAUAACCAUAGUUUAAGAAAUGAAAAGAUGGAACGGAAAAUGUUUUUUCUUGUCAGAGUUGAUCUUUUUGUGGGUCACAAGAUAUACUGUGCGGGUUGAACUGUGGUCAAGUGAUGAAAGAUCUAAAAUAACAUGUGAUGGAAUAAGUCAGUCAGUUUGUUGGCUGAAAGGCUAAACCAACAAACAAACAUAAAACACUUAGCUUUAUAUACUCUAUACAUAGAUGUAAUAUGUGCUGGGGUCAGUCUCGAUUCAUUGUGUUUGAUAUACCAUGGAGGUUGGUCAGUGCUAUCAGAUGUCAUUUGCUUAUCAAGCGCUGAUGUUGAAAAAUGUGCAAGAGUGAUACACUUCUGCUUGUUUAUAUAAAUUAUAUUUAGUGAAUAAAUUGUCAGUUUUCUUCGAAACUAUGAUUUCUUUUAAACAGCUUCCCUUUAAGAUUUGUGACACUUAACUUAUAAACAUCUGCUAAAAUUUUACUUUAUAAUCUUCAAUAACCUUUCCUCGAAUUAAACCUCUAAUAACAUAAAAUAUCUUAUAUUAUAUAAAAUGUCAACACAAAUAUUUUCUAAAAUUCAACCAGCAAUCUUGUAGUCCUUAUCAUUAAACCUGAAGUAAUGGAUUGUUAAAAAUUAAACUUUUUAAAAAAUAAAAUAUCUUAUAUAAAAUAUCAACAAAAAUAUUUACUAAACUUCAACUUGCAAUAAUGAAAUACGAAUAAACCUCAAAUAAUGGAUUGUUAAAAAUUAAACCUCUAAAAAUACAUUGUCUAAUUUGACACCUUUUGCUCUACACAACAAUAAUAAAAACUUUUUCACUGAAUUUUUUUGUGUGUCACAGGUGGCUCCCCCUACCUUGCAGCUAAAAUCAAUGAGGCGAAAGAUUACUUUGAUAAAUCACGUCCUGGAGCUGGCUGAAGAAGAUGUCCGCUGUUGUUGAUCUGUCUGGCGUCAUUGUCUUUCUGGCACAGGUGGUGGCCAUUGCUGCAAAUUUUAUUUGUACAUACGCAUGUGAUGGGGUGAGAGAGGGGGGGGAGGUAGAUGAAUUAGCUGCAUUUGUUACCUCUAUUAAUAUGGGAAUGGAUGGUUGUAUAGUGCUGUGAAGAUAUACUUUAGAUGCCUGUACAUAAUUAUGAAAUUUUUAAAAAAUAAGGAUUGCAGUAAUAGCAAACUGCAGGCGCAGCAAUAGCUCAAACCAUUUUAAUUUUGUGAGAAAUGUUUUAAAAAAUUAGUUUUUUGUCAUUCCCGCUCCUUUGAUAUCAAAAUUCUGAGGCUUCUUGAUUUAUAUUGACGUGGGUUAUGAUCAGAAUUCAUGAAAGAGGAGAUUAUUUUGUUUUGUUCUUUCUAUUCACUGUCUGAUGAUGGCAAAGGGAAUUCGGUUGUAGAGAUCCUGAUUGGGUGGGG